AUGUCCUUACGACGCAAGUCAUGCAACGCCUGCUUCAGGGGCCGGCGAAAAUGCAAUCUCGCCUACCCGACAUGCGAGUAUUGCCGGAAGACGAAAAAGUGCUGUCAAUAUGCUUAUCCGCCAACUAGCGGUAGCCCAUCGAGCAAUGACUCAACGAGCUCUCCAGCCCCGUCUGGUCCAGCUGCCAGCACCAGCGAGGACUCUUUUACAGCGCUCCUGAGUGCAUUUGAUACCUCCACAUUUGAUUUCCUUGAGACGGGCACAAUUCCAGAUUUGUUCUUGUCCGAUCAGCCCCAAUCGCCUCCAUAUGGAUCUCCAUCAAACCUUGAAGUCAUAUUGCCGCACACCUGCAUCCCACCAUAUCCAAGCCUACCAUCAACAAGUAUAAGAAAAUUCCUCGGACCCCUCGGUGAAAUCCAGCCCAUCCAAGGAAUCAACGCAACCUGGCAAUGGCUCAUCGAGACACUGAGCCGCUACCCCGCCGACUUCGCAGCAACGGGCGAAACAAUCUUCAUCCACAACCAGCUCUACCGCGACUCCAUGCCUCGUUCUAUCCGAACAGCAUUCGGCAUUUCGUCUUCCUCAUGUCUUCGUCCCGGCAAUCAAGCAAUGAUGUUCCGCGUCAUCGAAGCCGAGGUCAACGACUUGCUCCAACCAACCCAUACCAAGUCUGCAGGUGGGCAAGCGCCACUCCUCGACGACCUCGCGAGCCUACAAUCUCUCCUCCUCUACCAAAUAAUCCGGCUUUUCCACAGCACCGGCAGCGACGCCGACAACCUCAAACAGCGCACCCUAGCCGAGCAGCAGGGCACCAUCCUAAUGACGCGCGCCCUGAAACUCCUCUCCCGCUCGCAGGAGCUUGCCCCAAAGAACCGACAAGCCUGGAUCACAGCCGAAUGUAUCCGGCGCACCGUGGUGGUAAUCUAUAUGCUGUAUGGCGUGAACUCGAUUUGCCGCGAGGGGAUCUGCAUUGGAUUGCCGACGCUGGUGAAGCUGCCGAUUUCGGCGGGGGUGGGGUGUUGGAAUGGCGAGGGUACGGAUGCGUCAGUGUCAAUGUCAAUGUCAGUGUCAGUGUCAGGGCUCGGGUAUGAGCGGACGAUGCCCUACGAGAAGUUCCUGGAGUGCUGGCUUGUUUCUAAGCCGCGCCGGCUGGAUGCUUUUGAGAGGUUGUUGCUUGUGCCGUGCCAGGGCGUUGAGGCUGUGGAUGCGUUUCAUGAUUUGGCUGGGUUUAUGUAG